AUGCGGAAGGAAGGAAUGGAAAAUCUAACAACUACUGGAAAGAUUGCAGGGAAAAGAAAUCGCGGUCAACAACGAAUAACAUUCGUGAAGUCCUUGUAUCACUUGUUGAAUAUCACCACAUUUCAACUACUACAAAGUGUUAAAGAUCGGGUGCUGCAGAGGUUGCAAACGAACAUAUUUCUAAUGAGGACACAGAAGACCUUAGGUAACUUGGUGGCACUCAGGUUCGUGACCAAAGUGUCAGUGGCAGAUCUUCAGUCGAAAAAAAUUUAUUACUUCCUGUGCAACUCGUGGGUCGGUCAUAAAGGCUUCAAAGGGGAGACCAUCUUGAAAACUUUCCACGUAGCAUCCAAGAUCACAACACUUAACAUCAAAUAUCUUUUCACGUCAUUCAUAGACAACCACACCAUCUUCUCGAUGUUCUGCAGUCCUGCCACUUCCCGUUUCACGAGAUUUGAAAGGGUCGGUGUCUGCAUGAACCUCCUCCUCGGCUACCUCAUGUGCAACCUUCUCUUCCUGAAAUCCAUCUCUGACGGCGAGGAUGGCGACGACGAUGACGACGGUCCCAAGUCCAUCGGACGUCUCAUGUUCAGCAUGGAAAGAAUCAAGAGUGCCUUUUACUGCACUCUGGUGAUGUUUCCUGUGACGACAGGGAUCGAGAGCAUGUUCCAAUUUGUCAUUCGUCCAAAGAUGAAGAUUGGGAUCAUUUUGGAUUGGAUGAAAAGAAGAGAAAUUCUUCAAAAAGAUCUCUUGGGAAUUACGGUCGUGGAGAACAUUAAAAAGUUCAUGCGAUCGAAAGUGUUCAAGGCCAUGCGGAAGAAGAAAAAACAAUCAGCGCAGAAUUUGCUGAACAUGCAGGCAGUGACUACAGGGGGCGGUCGAGGAACCAGGAAGGUGUUGGAGCACUACGACAGCGACUAUUUUAUAAAAGAGUACGAAUUCGAAGAUGGUAUCAUCAGGGAUACCAGAGAACUUAUCAAUCUUAAAAGAAUUUCAGAUUUGUCGCGACGAAUGAAUCUAUCCAAGAAUGCAGUGAAUGCCGUGAAAUAUAUGGACGCUGCUAACCAUAAGUCUUCCAAUGUCAUUAAGAGCAGCCUAGCGUCAAUAUUCAAGAACAAAGCUCCAACAAUUAGGUUCCAGCCUAUACACAUGCUAUCUGGCAAGAUGGACGUCUACAACGACGGCAUGAACUGGAGAACUUUCUUCAGUGAAAAUACAGCAAUCGGUCGCAACGAGUACUCGUUGAGCGAGUAUCGAUCGGAAAAAUUCGACAAUGGCUUCCUGCCAAGGUACUUCAUCGUGGUGGCUUGGGGAAUCACCAUCAGCUGCAUGAUUGCGUUUUCCAUCACUGUACUCGAAAAGACGAAUGGAAUAGAAAAAUAUGUUAUGAUUCACUGGUUCGCUGGCUGCUUCAUGUCUUUCUUCAUAGGAAUGGUCAUUGACGACCCGUUGAAAAUAAUUAUAGCCUCCUUCAUCUUUUCAAUUGUCAUCAGAAAAGUCAGGGAGCAUGGGUUCAGAAACGCAAAUUUAACAAAAUACAUGUGUUUAAGAGGUUUAGAGAAGACAAACGCCGAGCAAGACCGUGUGACAUUAAACGAGAUGCAGAACGCCCCGGAGUACAAGGUACCAAACAGAUCCCUCAACAUGCUCCUUAUAGAAGCUGAGAACAUUAGAUCGGAGUCCGUCAUCAUCAUGUUAAACUUCAUCAUCUUCAUGAUAAUCGUUUCGGUGAACGUCUGCAUAACGGCGAUACUACACAAAUAUGAAUAUUUUCUUCAAGAUGAAACGUACUACAAAAAAUUAUUUUACCAGCCAGCUUUCAGAAAAAUUCAAAGGAAGGAAGAUCUGAAAGAGUGGAUGAAAACAUACGUGAUGAAAGAAUUUUAUUCGGGAUCAAACGAAUCGUUGCUGGAAGAAGAUGAGUUGUUUCGCUACACAUCAACCCCUGGCCUCUUUUUGGCUUGCUCACCGAGGUUCAGGAGAACUACCACUGAAGGAAAUGCCUGGGCUUACUUCUUAGCCGGAGUCCUGGCAACUAGAAACGAUGGAAUCGAUCUAGGAAUCUACGAAGAAUACGCUUUAGAGAAAAUAGACGAAGUUUUCGACGGAGAUUACUUCAACACAACUUUCUACUUCAACGAGCUUGAGAUCAUUUUGUACUCCAUGUACAGUGACCUGACUGUCCUCGUUGACAUCAGAUCCUUCCUUAUGCCCGGAGGUGGAAUCCUGGUUGACGGGGAGGUCAGACCUCUUGCUGAUAGAUUGGAAAAAAUGAUAAAUCCAAUUGGUCAUCAUGAAAACAUAGUUGAUAAAGUGAGCUCAGUCUACUUGAAUUCCAGUGGUAGAGAAUGGACAAACCUCUUCCUUAUAAUCUACAUGCUCUUCAUUGUUGUACUCUGCGGGGUAACUGUUCACAACAUUGUUUAUCUUGGGGUGGCUGAGUUUUUCUCUUCGUUCUGGCACUUCCUCGAUCUCAUUGGAACGGUCUUUGGUCUUUUCGUCAUACCAUCCGCCGUGUUCAUCAUGAUCGACACGUCCAGUAACACGGAGGAUUUCAUGGAAAAUGGUUACGUUGAUGUGGUUGAGAUCGCCUUUUCUAGAUUGAUUUAUUUGUAUUUCCAGUUCAUCGAUGAGAGCGUUUCCGUCAUAUUCGUCAUCCUCCUCAUGUUCUUUCCCAUCUUUCUAGGCGCCGUCAUUUUCCUCUAUAUGUUUUACGGGAAGUAUAUGGUAUUCCUGUACACGAUAGAAUACACCAUGGUGUCUGCUGUGGUUGGAUUCACACGAGGCUACAGGUAUAACAACAUGAACAGCUUGUUUGGACUCUGCGGCCACAUACCACACGCAGCCGUUAUUGUGGCCUACACAUUAAUCGUUCAGUAUAUGUGCGCCGCGGUCGUCUAUUAUAAAGUUAAAGUAAGAACCAUGAUGAUUUUUGUCAGCAAGAAUGAUUUUGUAGUUGAAAGACUUUCUAAUGUUAGCUUAAAGAUUAAAAAUAAUUACGUAAACGACUGCACAUCCCUAGAAACUAACCCCCAAGUCCGGACUGCCCGACAGGCUUUACUUUUCGGCAUUGCUUCGUGGGUUCAGAAGAUAUUUGAAAAAUCAGAAAAAAAAUGUCAUUGUUCGCAGGCAGAAAUUAAUAAAGAGGUUUAA